AUGCGCAGUGAAGGAGAAGACGAUGCAUCUCUUUUGCCCCUUCUCGGUGGAGCAUUAGAACAACAGGUUAAUGACCACAUUAACCCUGCAAUUGCAUACGGGACGUACCAGCACGCGGUCGGGAUACGGUCAACAAAGACCGUUGUAUUAGGUGGUUCAAGUCUCAAUUCAGCAAAGAAAUUUGAAUGCCAAUUCGACGCUGGGCCAAAAAACAGUCGAGUGCUUGUGAUGAUUUUCGAUCGGGAAGGAAGACCGACAUUCAAGGAAAUGAGUCGCCAGGAAGUGCUUCGAAUGACGCAAGAAGCUGCAGAACCAAAGGAAAAAGUCGUCUCUGAAGACAUGUCGUCACCGAAUUUGGAAAAAUUAUUUCCACCAUUGCGCAGACGCAGUAGUUUAACAAGUGUUAGUGUUAGGAGAUUGGGUCAACAAUCUCGCACUGCAAGUCAACAGGAUCUUUAUACUCCUGUCAGUGUUCAGCUCGUUCAUUCUCGCGACAUUCGCAAGAUGGAGAAUGCAUUCUCAGUGACAAACGAGCCUCGGAUUACUGUUCGAAAACAAGCGAUCUUGAUCAGUGCUGAUCCUCUGCGCGCUAUUAUUCUACGAGACACGUGUUUGAUAUACGUCCCUGACGAAGCCGACACCCUCCUGUUGAUCUUGGAAUCAAAGUUUGCCGAAAGUACGCUUGAGGACAAUGCUCCGUUUGAGUUCAGAGCUUUGGAAGCAUUGCUGUCGACACUAUCACGUUACUUUGAACUGCAGUACGAAGAAUUAUCACCUGCUGUUAUCGGGGCUGUGGAUGGUCUUAUGCAUGGUGGUUUGGAUGCUCGAAAGCUUGAAAAGUUGCGCGAGUUGAAAAACACUGUCAACGAAUUCGAGGCUCAUGUUGAUGGGGUACGUCGUGUACUCAUGAUGUUAUUGGACAAUGAAGAGAAUCUUCGUCUGCUGUUCCUUACCAAAUUGUACAACGAGCCAAACCUGCUGUCGGAUCUUUGGAGCAUUGAUGGAGAAGAGAUUGAAGUGCUGAUUGAGAAUUAUCUUCAAGAUAUUUUCUCUACUCGUACAAAAUCUGAGCUACUGCAGCAUCGCAUUUCCAACGCUGAAAGCCUCGUCAUGAUGCAGCUCGACUCGAUGCGAAAUUACUUGCUCGGUGUCGACCUCAUCGUUUCCAUUGUGGUCAUCAGUAUCUCGAUAGGCACCUUCAUCACUGGAAUAUUUGGCAUGAACCUUCAUUCUGGACUCGAGUCGACUGACGGUUGGUUCCUAAGUGUUGCUAUUUUCACUGUUUUGCUCUCUCUCAUUUUGACAAUUAUCGGCAUUUUCUACUUUAAACUUAAAGGGGUUCUCCUUCAGUAG